CAUAUGACUAACGAUAUUUUAAAAAUACUGGUAGCUUCGGAUAUACAUUUAGGAUUCGCAGAAAAAGAUCCAAUUAGAUGCAAUGAUUCCUUUAAUACAUUUGAAGAGAUAUUACAAAUAGCUGUAAGCCAAAGAGUAGAUUUUAUGCUUUUAGGAGGUGAUCUUUUCCAUGAAAACAAGCCCUCAAGAUCAUGCCUUCAUUCUUGCAUAUCCUUACUUAGAAAAUAUUGUUUGGGAAUUUCCUCAAUCUCUUCAAAUGAAAAUAGUGAUCUUUUACCUCCUUGUUCAACUUUAGAAUAUUUAACUCAAGAGGCUUCAACAUUUCUAGAUUUACCAGAUGUGAAUUUCAAAGGAAACUCAAAUAGCAUCAGAGAUAAUUAUACACAUGAACAAGAAUCGAUUAAUUAUUCCACCGGUGUAAAUAAAAAUAAUGAAUUAAAAAGGAAAAUUUUAGAGAGAAGAAAAGUGAAAAUCAACUAUCUCGACCCAGAUCUCAAUAUUACUCUACCUGUAUUUAGUGUGCAUGGCAACCAUGAUGAUCCCACUGGAAAGUAUAAUUUAAGUGCAAUCGAUAUAUUAGCAUCAACUGGUCUCUUGAAUCAUUUUGGUAGAAAUUUUGAUUCCCACUAUGACAACCCAAUCAUAAGCAAAGAUGCUGAUCUUGAUACAGAUAAUAUGGGCAGUAAAAAGAAAUCAAAAGCUACUAACCAUGGCUCAAAUUUGGACAGAAUAUACAUAACACCAUUACUUUUUAGAAAAGGGAAAACCAAAUUGGCUCUUUAUGGGUUAGGUUCUAUACGAGAUGAAAGACUUCAUAGAUUGAUGGCUUACAAAAAUGUGGUGUACUUAAGACCCGAAUCAUCUUGCCCUGCUGAUAACUUCAAAGUUCCAACAAUGGAUUCUAAUGGUACUCUCGGAGAAAGGAAUGGGAAUGAGCUGAACGGGGGAGAUGACGGACACGUGGAGGACGAAUAUUUUAAUCUAUUCGUGCUGCACCAGAACAGGACCAAGCACGGGCCGACCAAUUAUAUACCCGAGCAUUUUCUAGAAGACUUUUUGGAUCUCGUCAUAUGGGGACACGAACACGAGUGUCUUAUAGAUCCGCAAUGGAACGCCGAGAAAUCUUUUUUCGUCAGUCAACCGGGCAGUUCUAUCGCUACGUCACUUAGCGCGGGUGAAGCCGUACCUAAACACGUUGCACUUUUGCAGAUCAAAAAUAAGAGUUUUAAAAUGAACAAAAUCCCUUUGAAAACGGUUAGACCGUUCGUUAUACUCGACUCGAAGCCACCGUCUGUCCCCUCCGCGGCCAAACUAUUUUUGUUGAACGCGAUGGAAAACGCCUUGAAAAACGACAUUCCGCGGCUUAUAACCGGUGACCCUAGGCAGCCAACCUUGCCCUUGAUUCGGAUUAGGGUCGAGUACGAUGAAAAAUUAGACUUUUUAAACCCUAUAAAGUUCGGUCAAGCUUUCGUUGACACCGUCGCCAAUCCUAAAGACAUCAUCCAUUUUCUCAAGAAAAAAAACGAAAGCACGGAACACAAAGAGGAUAGAUUGGCCCUUAAAAAAUUUAUGACAAAGACGUGCCCCUUCGAUCCUGUCUUGCUAGAGGGUACGGGGCAAGAUGGUUCUUCGGAUGUAUUCGGAUCUCUCAGCGUCUCGGGUGUGGAGGAAUUGGUGAAGACCUUUUUGGAUAAAGCCGGAACUAUCAAUCAACUAUCCAUUUUAACCGAAAAGGGUCUUGGUUUAGCUAUUCGGCAGUUUAUAGACAAACAAGAGUUCGAUUCGAUCAGCGAAUUGGUUGGGCAUCAGCUCCACAAAAUACAGAAAGAUUUGAUCGAAAAACAGAACCGAGAAAAUAUCGUGAACGAAGAAAUUCUGGAUAAAGCUAUAAUUAAGUUCAAAGAGGCUCGAAUUUUGAGACAAUUAACACAACAAGAAAGGGACGAAAGAAGGAUAUCGACCGCCAAUACUAACGGUGGCGGAGAAAUUGAUGGGUCUGGUAAAGAUGACAACGUAGACAUCUUGUUAGAAGAGGAUUCUGAUAUCGAAGACCGUAUUCCCAUCUCUUCGGGAGCUAUGGAAGGACGAUCCCGAGGGAAGGGCAAUGACAAUGAUGAUAGACAAAUAAAUUCUUCUAAUAUCGCCAAAACCAAGAAGAAUAGACAAGAUUCUUCAUUUCCUUCCAUUUUAUCGCGCGGAAUAAAUGACGACGAUUUCGACAAUCCCUUUGUCGAUAAAACUUCCGACCAUAACACUUCGAAAAAUAAGACGAGAUCAGCCGAGAUUGAUGCCCAAAGAACGAAAUCGGACAAAGGAGGCGAUGCUAAUUUUACUUCCGAUUCCGAUGAUGACCUCAUAAGCCAGUUCGCCUCCGGACAGGAAGCGGCGACUCUCUCGCAAAAUAAGAGCGAUAAAGGGGGGAGUAAAAAUAGCGAAUCCAUUUCCUUGUUCACCGAUACCAGAAAUCACGAAAAUGAUGGCGGCAUCGUUGGUAAUUCAAAUGGUAGCUUGAUUGACUUGGAUGAUAUGGAGGUUGACAUCUACGAUUCUUGUGACAGCGUCGAUGUGGAAGUGGCCAGAAAAUCCACGAGGAAAACUGCUACUACUACUACUACGCUUAAAGAAUCUAAGCAAGGCGCCAAAAAGCCAAAUCCAAAAUCUACCAAAAAUCCUAAAAAUACCGAACCCAAGGGUACAUCAUCCGGCAAAGAUAUCCGGUCUUACUAUUCCUCUUCUCAACUCUCCUUUUCAUCCCACGGUGCUCAAAAGCCAAAAAAGGACUCCGGCGAUACUAUUAUCUCUAAAACUACGCGUUCUACUAAAAACAAAAAAGUUUUUAGGAUUUAAACCGUCAGGGAAAUAUUUAUUCCAUUAA